AUGACGGUCAGCAGCGGCGAGGGCUGGCAGGGUCAUAGGGAGGAGGUCGUGGGGCCGGGAAGGCCGACGGGGGCUAGUGAUCAGGGCGCCGGCAGGGGCCGAGGGCUGGCGGGGCCCCGCUCUGAUAGUGGCGGCAAGGCCUGCGACCUGUUAGGGAGCCCCACAGGAGGAGAUGGAGAUAUUGGUGGGGAGGGAGGUCAGGGUGGGGAUGAUGAGGAUGAUGACCCAGAGGAAGGGGGAGAGGACAAGCAGGGAGAGCAGGAGGAGGAAGAGGAGGACGAGGAGGAGAGAGAGGAGGAGGAAGAGGUUCCCCAUCACUUUGGAGAUGACACCAUAGCCCUAGAUCCACCAAUAGUGCUAGCUAAAGGAGAGGGAGAUGAUCUUAGGAAACCCGUUUCAAGCUUACGUCAGUCAUCUUCUACAACACCACCUAAUGUAGUACAAAGACACUAUGAGCAUGGAGAGGGCAAUGGCUCUAGAUCAGAGAUGGCUAUGACACAUGAUCCACAUUGGCAGGAAGGAGACCCAAGUAAAGGUCUUUUAUUUUAUUGA